AUGGUGGUAAACAGUGAAUCAGGGAGCUCCGAUUUUUUUCGUUCAUCUAAUGAAACUCAAAGCACUUUUAAUGGUGAAAAAUAUCUGCAUAUAACUAAGAAAGGAUCGAUCAAGUGGGAAGGAAGCUUUGAAUCGCUUCAAGGCUUUUUUAACUCGUUUUUGAAGGCCGAGACGAAAUGGAUGACGCCACGUGGUGGCUGUAAACAAUAUGAAGCUGAUAAUAACCUAGUAAUUCGCUGGUAUUCUUCAUCAAAGUUGCUUUGUUUCAGUGGACCUACCAGUGAAAAGCUUAUUGACUUGGUGCCUAAGCAACAACAAAUCAUAGACGGCGUCGAGGGCGAAAUAUUAGUUGAUCAAACAUUAGACUAUGAUGAUGAAACUACAAAUACGACAGACGAUGAACAUUCAGGUGCUGACAACGAUAAACAUUUAAAUGUUGAAAACGUUGAACAUUCGAGUGUCUCUCUGGAAAAAAUCGCUGAGAAUUUCAAACUUUUAGAAAAUCGUGUGAAUGCAAAGGUACUCGAGCUUUCAAGUAAAAUCGACAAAUUAAAAUCGAACAGUGUAUGUAACAAUGAUCUGUCUCAACGCUGCGAAAAUCUUGUAUAUGCUAUGGCGUCACUUAAAGCAAAAGUAAGCGAUCUAGAAGAGGAGAAAAAAUCUCUGCUUAUGGUAAUAAAAGUUCGCCGACCUAAAUCAGCCAGAAAGUAAAGAAAAUCGCAAUGGCUGGCAGAAUGUCAAAGGGCGUGCAGCGUCAGAAAAACUUUUUGACAUUCUCUUCUAGUAAAAGUGAUACGGUAAUUAGAAACCAAUUUGAAAUUUUAAGCGACAGCGAUAUUGAAAUCAAAUCACAAGAAAUCCCCCUUGUCAAAGGAAGACAAAAGGUAAUAAACAAGAGUCAAGGACAAACGAACAAGAACAAUGACGAACUUCAAAACAAAGAAUCCGCUAGCCCAAGCAAAGCAAAAGUGCCAAGCACAGUAAUAAUUGGUGACUCAAUGACUAAACACUUAGAUAGUAGGAGAUUACAACAAUCUUCAAAAACCGUAAGACGAGUGUCGACGCAGACUUUUAGAGGCGCAACGACAUAUAUACCUAAAAUAGGUAAGAUCAAUCAACAUCUUCAAAGCUAUUGUCAAGAUCAAAAUAUAGACUUAUCCAACACGGCAACUUACAAGCCAAACACUUGAACUCAUACAGAGUUCAUCUUAACAGAGCAGGAAAUUCCAUUGUUGCUAAAAACUUGAUAGGUUAUUUAAGGAUUCGGGCAAUUGAAGUAAACCGGCUACCGAGGAUAAUUCUUACAAAAAUUUUGCCCUAAAUAAUGCAAAUCAAAUUAAAUCAAAUGCAAAUAACCCAGUUAUGAAAAAGAGAGGCCGUUUAAAAUUGGCCACCUAAAUAUAAGAAGCUUAGUCAAAAACAUAGACCAGUUACGAAUUUAUUUAUCUAAUCAAAAGUAUAACAUACUAAGUAUAAACGAAACUAUGCUUGACAGUACAAUAUCUAAUUAUGAAAUUAACAUAAGUGGCUAUGAUAUAGUUAGAAAAGAUAGAAACCGAAAUGGUGGUGGGGUAGCAUUAUAUAUCAGAAAUGUAAUUGAUUACAAAAUAAGAAAUGAUUUAAUGAAUGAAAAUCUUGAAACAAUCACGAUUGAGGUCUGUCCUCCAAAGGCAAAAUCAUUCUUUGUUAACGCUUGGUAUCGCCCACCAGAUGCUUCUAUUGAAUGUUUCGAAUGGUAUGAAGAAUGUAUUAUAAAUAUGGACUUAGAGAACAAAGAGACUAUUAUAUUCUUAUGGGGGACUUUAAUUGUGAUUAAUUGGAGCAAGUUAUCCAAUAAUAAUGCCGCCUCUCAUACGGUUAGAAUGGCUACUCUAGCGAGUACUUAUCAAUUUGAGCAAAUGAUUAAGGAACCCACUCGGGUAACGGCAGCCUCUAGGACACUGAUUGAUCUUGCAUUAUUUAACAGACCAGAACUCAUCACGAUGUCGGGUGUAGAUCACCUUGGCAUAAGUGACCACAGUUUAAUCUACGUUGUCGAAAAAUAUCCAUUCCACGUAACGAACCAAAAAUUAUCCGCUCGCGCCAAUUUAAACAUUAUGAUAAAAAUUCGUUUGUUACAGAGCUUCGGGAUAUUCUGCAACAUACGAUAAAUGAUAACAACCCUGCAGAUGUACUCUGGGAAGAUUUUAAAACAAGAUUUUUGUUUGUUGCCGACAUUCACGCACCUCAAAUUACGAGAAAGGUUAAAAGCGAGUACACUCCUUGGAUGACAAACAAUAUUAAGAAACAGAUUUAUCAUCGAGAUUUUCUUAAGAAAAAAGCAAUUAACACAGGAUCUGAAAACACGUUUGUCGCAUAUAAAAGAGCCCGAAAUGCGUUGAAUAAACUUAUUAAAGACACAAAAGGGAAUUAUUUCGAUCUUAUCUUACAAAUCGUACUCAAUUACUCAAAUGUGUAA